CCCGAUUGGUUUCCAGACCUCGCAUCUCUGGAGUCGGUCACAGAAGAAAAAGAAACAGGUCCAGCCCGCCGGUGUCGUGCCGAUACGGCCAUGGACCUGCUGAAGGCCAUCACGUCCCCGCUGGCCACGGGCUCCAAGCCGGCCAGGAAACUGGGGGAGAAGGCGUCCAGGCUCAACCGUCGUCAGGGCCACCUGGAGAGCAGGCGGGAACACCACCGAAAGAAAGGCAGCAGCAGCAGCGGGGAGCUGGCCCAGGACGACGGUGGCGGGGGUGCACCGGCCCAAAAGAUGAAACCUCUGUACGUCAACACGGAGACCUCACACCUCCGCGAGGCCUGAUGGCCUGUAAGAUGAAGCUGAUCCUCUCACACCAAGGACAAGGACAAGGGUGGUGGGGUGGCAGACGAGGAGUCCUUUUCAGUACCCUCGCCGCAGCAGCCCCUGAAGAAACCCUCCAAGAAGGCAGCCAGGGAUGAGCAAGGCGCACUGCUUUGGGGCCCUGAGCUGCAGAACUUCCUGAAAACGGCCCGCAAGAAGCACCGGCCAGCCUCGGACCCUCGCUCCUCCCCAGGUCCCGAGGGGCUGUGCGGCCAGCUCGACACCUCACAGUUCUCGGAGUCCCACGGAGGCAGCGCCAACCUGGACCUUUCGGGGCUGGACCCCGUCAUGAUGGAGUCAGAGUCCUCCUCAGGAGGGGAGCUGGAGGCCGGGGAGCUGGUGAUAGACGACACGUACCGGGAGAUCAAGAAGAAGAAGAAAUCUAAGAAGAGCAAGAAGAAGAAGGACAAGGAGAAGCACCGGUGAGAGGACCGCCACUACCAAGGCCAAGAGAAGCUCGGGACUUGCUUUCUGUGGCCGGGUUUGGCGAGGCCGUGGUUGCCCCUGGACCCCCCACCCAGCACCCCUGGCCCCGGACCAGGGGUCCCUCCUCUGCCACCACGCCCUGGCCUCCACAUGGACGGUCACAGUGAAAAGAAAAAGAAGAAGGGAAGACAGAGACCGAGAGCCGAGGAGAAAAGCCAAAAAAAGAAGAACAUGUCGGCCUACCAGGUGUUCUGCAAGGAGUAUCGUGUGGCCAUCGUGGCCGACCACCCAGGGAUAGAUUUUGGGGAACUUAGUAAAAAAUUGGCUGAGGUAUGGAAGCAAUUGCCAGAAAAGGACAAACUGAUCUGGAAGCAAAAAGCUCAGUAUCUCCAGCACAAGCAGAACAAGGCAGAGGCAACGACAGUGAAAAGGAAAGCAUCCAGCUCCGAGGGCUCCGUACGGGUGAAAGCCUCUUCUGCAGGGGUGCUCUCACCCCAAAGGAAGUCCCCGCCUACCACCAUGUUGUUACCCGCCUCGCCUGCCAAAGCCCCUGACACGGAGCCCAUUGACGUGGCUGCUCACCUCCAGCUGUUGGGAGAGUCCCUGAGCCUCAUUGGCCACCGCCUGCAGGAAACAGAGGGCAUGGUGGCAGUGUCUGGCAGUUUGUCUGUCCUUUUGGACUCCAUCAUUUGUGCUCUUGGCCCUCUGGCAUGUCUGACCACACAGCUACCUGAAUUGAACGGAUGUCCCAAACAGGUCUUGUCCAACACGCUCGACAACAUUGCGUACAUCAUGCCUGGCCUGUGACAGCAAAGCAUCCUGGGACAGACUUCCCCCUCCCCACUACUGGUUCGUGUAUAUAUGAUUUCACAUCCGUCUGCUGGCCUGCGUGUGUCGGUUUUACAUUUUUAUGUAUAGGUGCACACACACACAUAUAUAUAUAUGUAAUGUAUAAUAUAUACAUAGGACUAUAA